UUUUCAUAUGAAAAUGUUGAAUUGUCAAUUAUGUCCGCCAUUUCUUAAUCAUCAUAAUCAUGAUAAAUAAUCACUCUAAAUGUUUGAUCUUUCUUUAAAUUUCUCCAGUAUUACCCUUUUCCUUAAAUAAUCGUAGCUAUUAAAUUUGAAAUUCCCAGAAAAUUUUCCGAUGGAAGAAAUUUCAUACCAAACAACGGAGAUGGAAGCAAGUUCUCUUGGUCCAGAUAAUUUAACCUUAAAUGAACAAGUUAAUGGUGACCCAUCCUUUUCUAGCUCAAGGGUAUAUCUGGAUCGUAUAGGAGAAGUUGUUCUUUUUCUUAAUUCAACUGGGUUAUAUUGGGAACCUGCAGAUUCCUUGAAUAAUGACAAAGUACCAUGUUUUCAACAUAAACAUCAUUCUGGAAGUGCUGCUGAAUUAAACUAUUCUGAUAUUUAUGCUGCUGAGUUGGCUGAUUGGGGUUCUAUUCGUCAAUCGACAAGUUGCUGCUUCAUGCAUAAGGUUUCAAAUAUGAACCUAUUUGUGGUGCAUGCUAUAAGAAGAUCAACGACCAAGGCCUCUCUCUGGAAUUUGGUGGAGUACACCUUUGGACACAGAGAUCAGAAUUUAUGUCAAAUGUUAGUGGAUAAAAUAAAGGCGUGUCUAGAAAAACAAGUUGGAAGACCAAAGAAUCUAUUGGUCUUUGUCAAUCCUAAGAGUGGUAAAGGAAAUGGUCAAAAAGUCUGGGGAGAUGUAGCUCCAAUAUUCUCUCGGGCUAAAGUGAGGGCUCAGGUGACCGUUACAGAGAGGGCAGGACAUGCGUUCGAUCAGGUGUCAUCUAUGACAAACCGAGAACUGGUUUCAUAUGAUGGUAUUGUGGCUGUUGGUGGUGAUGGUUUAUUCAAUGAGAUCCUUAAUGGGCUUUUGACAUCAAGGUUCAAGACCAAGUAUCCCCCCGUUCCUCCAGAUUUUAUGGCUUCUUCAGGGGAAGACACAAGCUCCUCCGUCCCUGACAUAAGUGAACUCGAUGCAGGUACUUUACCCAAAAACGAAGACCAGUCCCCCCUGCUUCUAACUUCACGAGACUAUGAAUCUGGAAUCCCAAGUAUCAGAAUUAAAGGCGGGGAAUGCAGUACAGCUGAUGAAGAUGUUGAAUUUUCUUUCCCACAUGAGUGGUUUAGAUUUGGGCUCAUUCCUGCAGGUUCAACUGAUGCUAUUGUGAUUUGUACAACAGGAGAAAGAGAUCCCAUAACUUCAGCCUUGCACAUUGUCCUCGGGAAAAAGAUUUCUCUUGACAUUGCUCAAGUUGUAAAGUGGAAAACAACCAUGAAUUCAGACAUUGAACCCUCUUUACAUUAUACAGCCUCUUUUCUUGGUUAUGGAUUCUACGGGGAUGUCAUCACGGAGAGUGAGAAAUAUCGUUGGAUGGGUCCUAAACGUUAUGACUUUGCGGGAACAAAAGUUUUUCUCAGGCACAGGUCAUAUGAAGCUGAAAUUUCAUACUUGGAUGUCAAACAUGAGAAACGAGAUCCGGAUCCUAAUAAGGCUAAUAUGAAUGGGGGCCACAAGAGAAUAAGUGAACGAGUAAUUUGCCGAGCUAAUUGCAAAGUCUGCAGCUCACCUUACUCAGAUAUGACGAAAUCAAAAUGGAUGAGAUGUAGAGGGCGUUUUCUUAGUGUUGGUGCUGCUGUCAUUUCUUGUCGAAAUGAAAGAGCACCUGAUGGUUUAGUGGCAGAUGCACACCUUGCAGAUGGCCUCUUGCAUCUUAUUUUGAUUAAAAAUUGCCCGCAUGCAUUAUAUUUGUGGCAUUUGACCCAUCUAGCUAGAAAGGGUGGAUCCCCUCUUGAUUUCAAGUUUGUGGAACAUCACAAGACCCGUGCAUUUGCAUUUACGUCUCUUGGAAAAGAGGCCGUUUGGAAUCUGGAUGGUGAAAUUUUACGAGCACAUAAAUUGUCGGCUCAGGUUUUCCGCGGCCUUGUGAGCUUAUUCGCUAAUGGUCCUGAAGUUUAAGAGUAUCCCAGUAACUGCGAAGUCAUAACCAUAAACUUUGUUGUAGAUAGGAAUAUGCGAUUUUCGUAACGUCCGGUAGGUAAAAUUGCACAAGAUAACAAUUUGUGCUGUAAUUUUGCCAGAAAAUGAGUCUCUUUUUUCCUACAGAGAUGUAAUUGUAUAUGUAAUCUGUACGUGCAGAUUUCUUUGUUGAAUUAAGCACCAGUAUUUCAUAGAGAUGUAAUUGUAUUAUGUAGGACUAUAUAUAUCCACGAUUUUGUUUUGUGUUGAUUUUCUUUUAAGAUUGAUCUAGUUUUGCGUUGAUUUAUUGUAAACACAGACACUCUAUCUGAAAGACGUCUCCUAGGAGAUUCAACCUAUUAUUAAAUAAAAUAUUAACAAUUCUUACUUGAGGCCGUCUUUAGAAAAGACGGUUCUCAAAAGUCCAGCCCAUUAUGUUAAUUAAAAAAAAAACUGACGCACGCGUGUAAGUGUAAUGUGAAAAGUCACAUAAUAUAUUUGGGGUUAUAACAUUUAUUUGGUGCUAUACUAGCAUA